AUGCCAAAUUGUGUUUCACAGGUAAGUGAUACCAAGUUACAAGAAACAGAUAAAGAACAAAAGAUCUACAGCGAUCUUGGAAGUGAACAAGAAUGUGGAGAAAUAGAACCUCUUGAACUGGAGGUUGAAAAAGUAAGAAUGAGUGUUGAUGGUGAAUCUCCUCAACAAGUUAAAGGUUCUACAGAAGCAAGGGUUGAAAAAGGGGCAGAUGAAGGAAAUGGACAAGGGUUAGAUGAUUUUAACACUCCCUCCAACCUGUCAUUGGAAGUUGAUUCACCAAGGUACAAGUCCACUAUGGUGCAUGACAGCAUUGGCCUUGAAUCACGAGAAGAAGCAAGGGUUGAAAAAGGGGCAGCACAACUCAAACAAGAUGUCACAUCAGAAAUUGGACAAGGGCUAGAUGAUUUUAACACUCCCUCCAACCCUUCAUUGGAAGUUGAUUCGCCAAGGUACAAGUCCACUAUGGUGCAUGAUAGCAUUGGCCUUGAAUCACGAGAGGAUCAUUUGUCACGAACAGAUUCCGGUUCAACAUUAGUUCCAAAUACCUAUAAUGAGAUAUCGUUGGAUAAUAUUUGUGGAACAAUAUUGCACCAAUCAAAAAAGGAUGCAAUUGCAGUUAUUGAUGAACUGAACAAAAGGAUUGAAAUCUUGGAGAAGGAAAAGAAGGGCAUGGAGAAUGAAAUCUUGGAACUUCAUGAAGAAAAGCAAAAAACUCUUCAACAUCAAAUGGAGGGAAUUGAAAUUCUGAAGCGGGAACUUGAAGAGAAGGAUUUAUACAUCUCCAAAUUAUGCAAGAAAAAUGAAGCCCUUGAAAAACUCUACAAGCAGUAUGAGGAACAAGUUCAACAUUAUGAAACACAUGAGUUAACACAAGGAUAUAAUGUUGAAACGGAAAGACAAGUGCAUCAAGUGACACAGAAGGCCACAUUUGACACUAUAAAGGAACUGCGGAAAGAGAGAGAUCAGUUGGAGGGGGAAUUGAUAAACAUUAAAGUUCAUGAAGUGACACAACAAGUAAGGGCUGAAAAAGUGCUUCAAAUUUCAAAGAAGAAAAGUCCACCGUCAAAGUUUAAGAGAGUGAAAGAAAGAGAUGAUAGGAAGACAAAUUUCUGCGAGAACUAUGUGUAUGGAAAGUUAAAGAGGAAAAGUCCGCAAGUAGAGUUUGUUGAUGUAGACGACUUGCAAGAAACUUCUUUGGCAAAUCAAGUGCGAAAGCCAAAAAAGAAACUAAAGAACUUGAAGAAGUGCAAUACUGAGAUGUCAAAACUCAUUCGUGGAGAAACUUGGUUGGCAAUUGAACAACUUUGGAAGACAGGAAAUUCUAGUGCUGUAAUAUGGAGUUCCGAAGCUGACAUGCUACACAUUGAAGUUGAAGACAUACAAAACCUGUUGUUUGAAGAUGCAAUAUCUAACCGGGUAAAAAUGUUAAGACACUCUUCUUUUUGUGUUUAG